AUGUAUUAUCACUAUGAAAUUUUGCACGCCAAUUAUGAAACUAAACUUAACGAGGUGCUAAGAGGAUCAAAAUUAGACGAACAAUUUCCAACCUUGGAAGAAUUGAUGGAAAACCUAGAAAAUUUGCCGGCGGAUAUAAAAAAUGAGAAAGAUAACCAAGAAAAGAAGAUUAGUAGUGAACUGUUAAAUGCUAUAAACAACAAAUUUGGUAAUUUAGAUAACUUAAAAAAAAGGCUACUAGAAAGUGCUUUGAAAAUUAGAGGAAGUGGUUGGACUUGGCUAGUAUUGGGAAAGAACAACGAACUCUCAAUUAUUAAUACCGCUAAUCAGGACAGCCCGUGA